UGUUGUUACACCCUGGCGAUUACUUUCGUCACGUACCAAGUACUUUCACAACACAAUUUUGUUUUCCUUUUUUUAUUAUGCGGUGCGAAAAUUUGUUGUUUACCUGGCAGGAAAAAUAAGGUUAGGCCUAAAAUUGACAAAAUAAUAAUUAUUAUGCGUAAAUAGUAAUUUAACUACAUUGGAAAGCAAUAAAAAAGCAAUUAAAAUACGUAACAAGUGACCACCGAUUAAAAAUGAGCUUCCCUUUGACGAAUCCCAAUAAGGAGACGAUACGAGCCGCUUGCAAGAAAUGUGGAUACGCUGGUCAUCUUACAUACCAAUGCCGAAACUUUUUGAAGGUUGAUCCAAACAAAGAAAUUGUACUUGACGUGUCAAGCACCAGUUCGGACUCGGAGAUUGAUUAUCUCACGCCAUUGACGGAAUUACGUAUGAAAGAGUUGAAAGAAAAAGAGGCGGAACUGCUUAAAGCUGAAAACGAGAAGAAGCGUAAGAAAUCCAAAUCCAAAUCGAAAAAAUCUAAAAAAUCAUCAUCUAAUAAAAAACGUAAGAAAAGUAAAAGUAGUGGAAAAAGCAAAAAACACAAAAAACAAAAGGAUUCCUCAACCGAUACUAGCGACAGCAGUAGUAGCAGCAGUAGCUCAGAUUCUAGUAGUGAAGAGUCUGAAACUGAGUCAGACUCAAGCGAUAACGAAGACUCGCCCACCAGCAGUGACGAUGAGUAUGGUCGUAAGAAAAAGAAGCAAGGCAAGUAUAAGCGUAAAGCCGAUACACCGGCUAUGCGCCGUAAGAAAACUCGUGUGAAGCGCAAACGUCAUCGCGCCUCCGCACGUCCUCCCAGCAGUGAUGAAGACGAGACAAGUUCGGACUAAAAUUGGUUGUGGUGGUGUGUUAUGAAAUUUUUAUUUUUUAGAAAUUUGUGCGCUUAAGUGGUUUAGUUAAAAGUAGUAGGCAAUAACUAAGGCACAUCUCUCCAUAUUACUUACUUUUAAGUAUAUAGAAGCAUACAUUUGUAUUUUAUAAUAUUAAAUUGGUUUUCAAUUAUAUUUUAAAAUGUAAAUUGAUUUUAAAUAUGUAGCUAUGAUAACUAUAAGUAUAAUCUCACAAACACUGUAACCAUACCCAUAUAUAUACAGACAUAUGUACAUAUGUAGCUAAUAGAGCAACCACUGCCCACUACUAGUAAUAGAGAAUACAUUCAUAAAUUGCAUACAAGCCUAUUUAACGUUAAUAUUAAAAUCAUAUUUUAUCUUAUUUUAAAAUAAGUCGACUCAAUGGGUAUGUGUUUCGUGUUUAUACAAAUAUUAUGAAUUGAAUAUAUAUAUAUAUUUAGUUAAAUUAUAUUUCUAAUGAAAUAAUGUAGCUUUAUUUCACUACACCAUUAUAUAAAGUCCCGAUUGUUGAACUUUGCCAAGCCUUAGCGAGUAAAUACUCUUGAUAAAACCAACACAAAUCAGGCAGUUAAUGCUGCAGUCAAUAAAUGAGUUGUUCAUAUAAAUUAUAAAGAAAUAUAACAACUAAUUAUGCCAC